GGAAGUUAUGUGGAGAAGCUCCAUGCCAACGGAGAGGGUACUCUUCAGGUCCCUGCUUACCCUAAUUUCUUUGCACCUACAGCAAAGAAAGACCAGGAAGGUGGAGAGGAAAAGAAGAGUGGCCAGAAGAAAAAGGUCAGAGAGCUCAAAGUGUUGGAUUCAAAAACUGCCCAGAACCUUUCAAUAUUCCUUGGCUCCUUCCGUAUGCCUUAUGAGGAGAUCAAGAAUGUGAUCCUGGAAGUGAAUGAGGCUGUAUUGACUGAGUCCAUGGUGCAGAACCUGAUUAAGCAGAUGCCAGAGGCUGAGCAGUUGAAGAUGCUGUCAGAGCUAAAGGACGAGUACAGUGACCUGGCUGAAUCUGAGCAGUUUGGUGUUGUGAUUAGCUCAGUUUCCUGCCUGCGGCCCCGCCUCAAUGCCAUCCUCUUCAAGCUGCAAUUUAAUGAACAGGUGGAGAACAUCAAACCUGAGAUUGUCUCAGUAACAGCAGCCUGUGAGGAAGUACGCAAGAGCCAGAGCUUCUCCCAGCUGCUGGAGCUCAUCCUACUGUUGGGCAACUACAUGAAUGCAGGCUCUAGGAAUGGUGGUGCUUUUGGCUUCAACAUUAGUUUCCUCUGCAAGCUACGAGACACAAAGUCCAGUGAUCAGAAGUUGACACUGCUGCACUUCCUGGCUGAGCAGUGUGAGCAGUUGUAUUCUGAAGUGCUGAAGUUUACUGAUGAUUUCAUCCAUGUGGAGAAAGCCAGUAGAGUCUCUGCUGAGAAUUUACAGAAAAAUUUGGAUCAGAUGAGGAAACAGAUUUCAGAUGUGCAGCGUGAUGUUGAGAACUUCCCUGCUGCCACAGAUGAGAAGGACAAAUUUGUGGAAAAAAUGACUAAUUUUGUUAAGGAAGCCCAGGAGCAGUAUGACAAGCUGCGAAUGAUGCAUUCAAACAUGGAAAACCUCUUUAAGGAACUGGGCCAGUACUUCCUGUUUGACCCCAAGAAAAUAUCCAUUGAGGAGUUCUUUCUGGAUUUGCACAACUUCAGGAACAUGUUUCUGCAAGCCAUGAAGGAGAAUCAGAAACGGCGUGAGACAGAAGAAAAGAUGCGUCGAGCUAAGCUGGCCAAGGAGAAGGCUGAGAAGGAACGACUGGAAAAGCAGCAGAAGAGGGAGCAACUGAUAGACAUGAAUGCAGAGGGUGAUGAGACAGGGGUAAUGGACAGUCUGUUGGAGGCCCUGCAAUCAGGAGCAGCUUUCCGUAGAAAAAGAGGACCACGCCAAGCAAACAGGAAAGCUGGCUGUGCUGUCACCUCAUUGCUAGCCUCGGAGCUGACAAAGGAUGAGGCGCUAAGUGCAGUACCACGCAAGAUGGCAAAGAAUGAGUUGGCAGCUGAUGGAGGAGUCCAUGAUGAAGCCAUGGAGAUGAUCAGCCGUUCAAGCUAGACCUGGGUGAUGGAUUAGGGCUGAAAUCUGCAGGACUGAAAAAAAAUGUGCAAAGGAAGCAAAAUACACUGGGUCACUUUGCAGUCUUUUGGCCUGGGCCUGAGGGGUAGUGUAAUUUCCUUCUUGCUCUUAGGCCUGCUUGUGCCAGCUUUUUGGCCUUUUGUUUUCGUUCUCUAGAUCAUCUCCAAUCUUCAGUCUGCCUCUCAAAUUACAAGGCAUAAUGCUUUAGCUGAAUGUAAGCCAUGCUCUCAGAGCAAAGGUGAGAGACACUGGUUUAGCCCUCCUUUCUCUGCAGGAGUAUGGUAGAGCAUACUGGGAGGUAAGGGGUGUAGAGGGAGGGAUUCGAAGCCACCACCCCACCUACACAUAUCCCUGCAUUGGGUGUUGCCAAAGCAGGAACUUUACAAGCUGCCUUAACCCGAACUUUUUAAAGUAUCUCUAAUUUUGGGACUUGCUGCUGAGCCAGGCCAGCCAAAAGCUCCAUUUCCCCACGAGACUGACCUCCAGCAGUGCUGGAGGUCCUCAACCUGCUUCCUUAUCCAUCUCUAUGUGGGAGGAAAUUUUGUAGGUCAGUUUAGCUGAACUUCAGUUUCUCCAACUGCUGGGUUGUGUUCUUGUACCCAGCACCUUCUCUUGUGCCCUCUUUCUACCACAUGCUAGGAAAGGAAGUGACACCUGAGGUGGGAAGCGCUGUCCUUGUCUCCCUCAGGACCUGCCACUGUCCUGCUCAUCCCAGAUCCUUCUUCUGCUUGUUAUAUUUAUUCUAGCAUCUCUUCAGCUGAGCCUUCCUGCCACUGGAAUUCAUGUCAUAGCAGUGAUUACUCAAGAGGAAACAGGUGAAGUAUUCACUGCUGAUAGGCUGUUGGGCAGGAAGCUGUUCUAGUGCAGUAGCUGCCUCUGCAUGUUUUGGAACCAAGAAGAAUAAAAGUUAGGUGUAUUGUUCUGUGUUGCUCAAUGUCCUACAAAAGCAUUUGCUGCAGCCCCAAAGCAGCCUCUGCUUGGAAUGAAGCUGGGGCUGCAGUUCUCUGCAGUGUACAGUCUGCACAGCACACUCCUUUGGAAAGCAUAUGAUCUUUUGGAGCAAAUCUCUUGUAGCUGCAGCUUGAGCCCCACCCAGGCUUAUCAAGUCUGCUUGCUUCAGCUGUUGUGUUGUGCCAUGCAGAGGAACUUCCUAUCUCCUUGCCAUGGUGAUAGACAGAUGGAGGCUCCUUCUGACUAAGAAGUCACUUUGCAAAUGUAUCUAUUUUUGUAUCAAAUUCUGUUUUAAAAGGAAAUUUUAAUGUACAGUGAAAAUACCUAAAACAUUUGCAUGUUCCUGGAGUCCCCUCCGUGCACCAUGUGCAUUUUGCUGCCAGCUGUGGGAUGGUGGAAGUAACCACCUACAGCACUGCACUGCGUUCUGUUGUCCCCAGAGCAUAAAGGAGCUGGCCAUUCACUGCGCUGUGUGUGGCUACUGUCCCCUUGCCUAGAGGGGCUGCUUCACCUAUGUACUAGGGAGAGCUUAUCCAUCAUGUGCAUGCAAUAGAGGAAUUCAAAUGCUGGCUCUAGUUUUAUCUCACAGGUGUGAGAUGAUCUAUAAUAUGAUGUAUUUUAUCACCCAGGGGCUGCUAGCCCAGGCUGAGGAUGUUGGGCAAGCAAGGGGUGGAGCUGUGCUUGACAUCCUGAAGCAGAGGGGGAGCAGGCAGGAGCCCUUUUCUGGCAGCAUCCCAACUGCUUGCCUUAAUGUCAUCUGUUGGUAUAGGAGCUGGGAAUGUGAAUAGUGCAAACUCAGCUUUGGGCCCCUGUGUUACUGGGGUUUUGGUGUCAUCUAAUUUAAUAUAUUAACGGAGACACAUUUUAUUGUGGUCUAAGUGCUGGAGUGAUCUCUAAUAGUCCAGAGUAGUCUGGGCCUUGCACACAUCUCCACGGCUACUUCAGCUGUUGCACCUGUGAGCUUUCUAUACACAUGGAAUGGAUGAACAUGAUGGCUUUUCAUGCAUUUGUAUAGCAUGAGUGCCCCAAUAUUGUGCACUUCCCACAGUGUGUAAUUAUUUGAUCUGUUGGGCCUGAGACCAUGCCCUGGCUUCAGGCAUAGCCAUCCCAGGGCCUUGCAGGAGAUUUCCGUUCUCUGAGAGAUUCCUGCUUUGCAGCUUGGGGUCACAAUGAUAGAAUCACAUCUGUACAUUUGACAGCUAGCAAAUUAGACGGGUAUUGUUCUGCCUGUAGUAUCCCUUGGCACUUCCACAGAGGAGUAGUAAUGGGCCUGCAGACUCUGGGAUAUGUCUGGGGCUUAGAGGAAAGGGUUGUUGAGGCUGCAGCAUUUGGGGUGCACAUCUGGGGAGAGGAACUUGGGGAGCAUAAAAGGAAAAUUAGCCCCAAUGGACUCUUGUGGUAUCUGCUACUCCCCAACAAGAGGGAGAAACAAAUGCUACAAGUGAAGGAGUGAAGGUCUUUUUUUGCAGGUGCCUGGAUAGAUGCUGCCAAAGAUUAGGUCUAAUACUGCCUUCUCCCCUCCCGAGCCAAAGGUGUCAUGCCCAGAGGUUUUGCAGCUUUUAUUUGUUAACUACUUUUGUUUAAAAAAAGACCAUUCUAUUUCCAAACUGCUUUGGGUGUUUCCUGGGACUUGUGAUCAGCUCUGAUUAUUUGGUUUGAAAUGUUAAUAAACAGUUGAAACUGUG